CUAAUGGAGUCUCUUAGCACCAAUUUAAAAGUAAACACGAGGCUUUUCACUCUCUCAUUCUUUUCCGAUAGCAAUCUACCUCAUUAUUAUAAUUCACAUAAUUUAUGCAUGUAAUUCAACGACAAGGGUCAGUGUUUCGGUGUUUACAACGCGAAAAGUGGAACCAACCCUCAUAAGUGCCAGUAGUAUCACAAAAUGGCCUCAAAAUCAGCCAGAUGAAGACAUAACUGUAUGUCCUAGAGUAUCACACUUGUGUUAUGGCCAGUGAUACCAAGUAUGGGUCGACGGUUCUUCUCACAGAUGUACGGGCGGAAGAGCGCGCGCACGUACACGACGACUGCGAGCCUUGUGUUUCGGCUCUCCACGACGAUAACUCUUUGCAAAAAGAAAAACUCCCACCACAAUUAGCGGCAAAAUGGAGGAGAAUUGCCAUCGUAUUGUCUAUUGCUUCAUUGUUUUGCACCCUCGUCCUGGGGAUAGCUGCUCUAGUUGUCUCAUCCCUGGCAAACAGCUCAGCAGCUUUUGGCUUUGCUUACGACUCUCUACUUGAUGCUUUGACAACUCUUGUUGUCCUUUGGAGGUUUUUGGGUGGAACUAAUGCUGUUUACUCAGCAGAGCGAGAAAGAAAAGCCUGUAAAAUCAUUGGAGUGUGUUUUGUUGUGUCAUCUAUUGGAAUUUUGACUAGAGCUGUCAGAUCUUUGAUUGUUGAAAGGCAUCCUCAACAAUUCUCUGGUUUGGAAGCGAUUUCUGGCAUAAGUCUUGUUAUUCUGUCGCUCCUCGCCUGGAUGAAGUUUGUUGUAGCUGACAGAAUCAGAAGCAGCUCCCUCAAAACAGAUGGAAUCAACUCCACCGCUGGCGCCGCCAUGUCUCUUGGAAUGAUCAUGAGUUCGCUCGCCUAUGACCAUAAUAAUUCAGUGUGGUUCCUUGAUGCGGCUAUCGCCAUUUGCACAGCUGUAGCCAUAGGAGUUUAUGGCAUCAGACUGCUUAUUGACGUCUACCAGACCAGGUCUCAGUAUGCUGAGAGCGACGGUAACGACGAUUGACUGAGAACGGGCCGGGGUAUUUUAAAAAAAGUGGCUAAGCCACAAUAUUUAAUCUGAUUUCAAUUUCAAUAAAAUUUCAUGAACACUAUGCACCGGUCUGCUGGAGAUUACAGCUAUUCGUAGGACUGGCAGACUUGGUAUGGCAGAGAAUUGAGGUUUAAUGUAAUAAUUUCUAACGAAAGUCAAUAGCUGUUAUUUCACUUAUGAAUCUGAAAUAUUUAUAUAAUAGUGAAACUGAAAAGUCAAGGAAAUUAAAAAACACUUAAAUGCUA